UAAAACUUUUUUUUUAAUAUUUUUGUUUACUAUCUCUACGUCUGUACCGAACUGUCACUACAUUUUCUGUGACCAACUUUUCAUAUCCCGACGGGUGUGAAAUAGUUAGUCCACCAGUUAGUAGUGACCACUAACUAACUACUCGUGCGAUAAAUUUGAAGAAAUAAUGAUUAAAUUCAAGGCAUUGAACGAAUCGGAGCCGUCGUCCGAUUCGGAGAUAUCGCAGACAUUGGUUGUCACUCGCGAAGCACACGAAGAAAAUCUGUUGGCCAUCUAUGACGAAGCCAUUCGUACGCUUAGUGCCGGCGACGACGUUGCGGCCAAACAGAUGCUACUGAAACUGAACGAUAGUCUGGCCGCUGCCGGCUGUGGUAAGACUGGCCAUCAAAAACUCAGUUCGGAAGCCAUCUAUCAUAAGCUGCGGUACUCGACGUUCAAGAAUUUGGGUCUCAUUACUGGCGAUUUGAACUACUAUUUGGAAGCACUCGAGUUGGACGCCACUGAUGUUACAUUGUGGCUGAAAACCGGCCGAUUGGCUGCCGCUGGACUCAAUUAUCAAUUGGCCCGCGAAUGCUACGAAUGCGCCCAUUCGUUGAGUCAGAACAACUGGCUGGCCAUCGAUCGGCUCAUCGAUUGUACGUUUGUCUUACACGACAUUUACCACUGCUUUCGGUUGUGCUGUACGGCCAUCGAUCGCGACGAGACGUACACCAAAGCGCUUGUAUUGUUCAACGAAUGUAUUCGUUUGCAGCCGUCAUUUGUUACCGAAAUGUCCGAAAAAUAUCGCCGUUUUGUAACGGCUGUUGCCGGCGAUGUUUACGAAACUGAAGACUGUGAACAUAUUGUCGGCGAAUUAAGACAACUGAAAGCCAAACGAAAACAGUAUUUCGAUGACGAAAGACAACGUCAGGAUCAGAAACGGCCGAAAUUGUCACUAAUUUUGGACAAAAAUCUGACUAAUCUUACGUUUGCCACAAUUGGUUUGAAAAUUAAGAUUAUUUACGACCGAAUCAAGAAGUGUCAUCUGUUUCCAUCGACGCCAAUAGACAUUGGCUUCGAGUAUGGCGUCAGUAGUUCGCAGACCGACAGCUGCGGUAAUGAGAGCGGCAGUACUAAUACAAGUGCCGACGAGAGUACAUCUACGGCAACAAAUAACGGUCCAGUGCUCGCUGUUCCCAUUAGUGACGGCCAAGACUCGGAUGUCAAGGAGAAAGAGGUUAACAAUACGCCGAACAUUGUUAACAACGAAUCGGAAGCAAAUGACACGCCGACUAACAACAAUAGCAAUCCGAAGAAAUUCAAGAGAUCUAAUAGUCUGCGCAACAGUACAUCAAAUUUGUUUCCCUCGGAGUUYGUCGAUAAACGGAGAUCGAGUCGUGUGAAGAAUAUUUUAAAUAAGAGCCGUGAUAUUGAUGAACGAAAUAUAUCGGAAAGUAUUCUGGAACUGUUGCCCGAUUCCUUGAAGAUGGCAAUGCCUGAGAUGCGUCCGAAAACUCCUGAAGAAUUAAUAGCGGCCGAAACUGCUUACAGAUGUAUCAAUUUGUGCGAAAAAAGUGAAUCAGAUUACGUAAAUAGUUUCUUGGAACGGAUCAAAUCACUUAAGACUCAACUAUCGGUGAUAACAAUCUACGAUAUCAUUGAAUCGUAUUUAUGUAAACUGAGUGCCGCCAAGAAUCUAAUCAUUCCGAUGGCUUUUCACGAAUUGUAUGCCGUUUAUCGUGACUAUAAUCCGCUGCCUUGCGGUCCGCUAUCGGUAAUCGGACGCGACAUCGAUGUUGAACAACUGUGGUUGUGUUUGACGGCCAAUGAGCUAAAGUUUCAUCGAAAUGAGUGCAUGUUUUUAACACAAAUGUUAGUACCGUUGGAGUUAACGCUCAAUAAAGACCAAUACAACGAAUUUGUGGUCAGAUUGUUGAUGAUUAGAGGAACCAAAGAGAAUGAUAACGAUUUUUUGAAUCACGCCAUCAGUAUUCUGUGUGACAACGAGAUCGAAGUGAUGGCAGCAAACAAAGUAGUGAUCAAAUAUACGGCCAUUAAAUCGAUUAUCGAUUCGCAAUCGCGCGAAAACCUGUCACAGUUGAUGGCCGAACAUAAUUUCGAUCAGUUAAUAAAGAUUUUAAUGUCGAAACCCGAAUCGGAACUGACUAUCGACGAGAUAAACCUAUUGAAUGAUGCUAUUGUUAGCUCACAGCUGUGGCAAAAGGGAAUCGAUAUAUUGAGUACAAGAAACGAUUUGAACAAAGAAUGUUUGGCCACAAUUGUGAAAUGUGUUGAAACGGGUCAGAGGGCUCGGAUCAAGUAUCCAUUAUCGGUAAAAUUGGUCAAAUUGGCGGCUGAAGGAAAGUCAAUAGUUCCCUGGGUUUGUCUGUAUUGGACACUGAUUGCCGAAGGCUACGAAGCCACUAAUGCCAAGAGUCUGCUCAUCAAAUUUCUCAAAUUAGGCCAUCAAUAUCUCGGCAAACGGGGCACCUGUACGUCAAACAAUGGCGAGUUUCUGUUUCUGGCUCUACAACACUUCAUCGAUGUCGACAUCGAAAAUGAAAUUUUUGCCUGUUUUACCUGUCUGUUCAAUUAUCCGGCGCGUCGACACCAAUCGGCGGCUAACUAUCAUCAUUCGCCUCACGUACCACUCAAAUGGGAAUACUGUGAACAACUUUAUCAUUAUUUUGCUCCCGAAGAACUACCCGAAUACGACAGUCUUGUACGACAAACAGGUCUUACUCAAGAUAUACAAGAAUUGUUGGUCAAAGUUGUCGAUUUAGUUCCCGGCCGUUUGCAGCCAAACGCACGAACCGAACCCAUAAUCAAUUACAUUGAUAAGGGAGAGGAGAUACCCGACGAUAUGAGUUUCGAGAAAACAUCAAUAACUGAGACUAUUUAUUAUCUAUUGGCUGACUAUUACUUCAAAAAUAAGGAGUUCAGUAAAGCCCGUGAAUACUAUAUCUAUGAUUUGGCGCUAAACUGUAAUCGUUUCGACUCGUGGGCCGCAUCGGCACUGACCCGUAAUUUUGAAGUUGACCAACAAUUAUUAUCGGGCAAAGAAAUCAGCGAAACAUUCUAUGAGCUGGCAAUGGCCAGCCAACGGUGCUUUCAACGGGCCCUACUAUUAGAGCCGUCAAACACAAAACUAUGGAUAGAAUUUGGACACUUUAUGUACAAUAUAUCGAGUACGACAUCCCGGUUGCGAAAGACAUCGCUGUUUACAGCAGGAUCGGCACCGAACUCUGACGCUGAACGGGCUCAGGGUAUGACUCAAGUGGCCAAACAUUGUUUCGAAAAAGCUUUGAAUGCCGAUUCACCCGAAGAACUAUGGCUUCCCUACUAUAUGUUGGGUAAAGUUAUGGAAAAGAGUAGCAACAUUUACGGCACAAACGCACUGUUUGUGGCCAUCAAGUACUACGAAUGGGCCGAUAUGUGUCUCUACGUUGAUGGCGCUUCUUAUCCAAAGAAAAUAAUGUAUUACAAUCCUCCCUAUUUGGCAGUGGAAGCGCUAGAAGUUCAUUAUCGCAUACACGCGUCGAUACUUAAACAUUUGACAUCGUUUCACAAAAAGUUGUCCACUCGUGUACUCAAACGUUUCAAACUUCAUCUGACGCGAGCACUGCGCUCACCAUUUGUCAAACAGAUCACUACAUCGACAACUUCAUCGUUGGCCACUGCACAGGCUGAUCAUGACUACACUGGAACUGGGAGAACAACAGCAACAACGGCGACUGGUUCGGCGAGUAGUUUUGUACCGCACAAAGAGGUUACCGAAUUGAUGAACGAUUUGGUCGACAAUAUAGAGCUGAGACUCGAGCGGACGGAUGCCAAACAACUAAAACAAGAGUUAAUAAUGAUGUGUUUGAAUGCUAUGUUUCGGUGCGUUAACCGAUAUCCGGCACACUAUAAGUCUAUAUUUCGAUUGGCCGACUUCUACCAUAAGAUUAAUAACAACGAGGAGGCGAAACAAUUGUUAUUGAAAGCACAGGGUGGUCAGCACCGGCCUCAACGAGAUAGAGGCGGCGGCGGUGAAGUAACAGACCUGAGCCAAUUGCCCGGUUUGUUUGCCGAACGAAAGAGUAACAACUUAUUCAACGGCAUUUGGCGCAUACCUAUCGAUGAUAUUGAUAGGCCGGGCAGCUUCUGGUCGCAUAUGUUUCGAUCGACUUGGCUAUUGAUACGGGUCUGUACUUUUACCAUCGACUAUCAUAUGCUCUGUCAGAUAGCCAUACAACUGAGCAAAACACCCGAAGCGGAAAAACGUUUUCUGCGGGACACUGAUCGCAAAAUUUUGGCCAAACUAUCAUUCGACUCGUGCUAUGUAUUGCUAAAAGACAAAUACAGUAAAGCCAUGGUUGAGAUCAAUCCAACCGAACGGCAACAGUCGCUAACGGAUAUACACCGUACGGCCAAUCAGUUUAUUAAGUCUAGUGUUUUUGUCAAAGAUGCCGGUGCUAUGAUUAAGGAAAUAUUUCAAUAUAAUUCGGAUAUCGGUUCAGCGUUCAUCUGCGGUCAACCAAUUGAUUCAAUACUGUCGGACAUUUCCAACAAAACGGUCAAAUUGUGGAUAUUUUCUGGCGAUAGUUACUAUUUGGUUAACAAUUUUGUAGCCGACAAUGUAAACCAAACGACUAAUAUUGUGGCUGAAAACGGAUCUAUUAGUCAACUUAAUAACAAUAUAAGCGCACCAAUAGAUAUGGCUUUUAAUUAUAAUGAUGAAUACCAUCUGAUCAAUCUAUUAAACCAAACAGAAUGGAUACUAACUAAAGAUUGGGAUCUAAUAGCAGUUAUUAAACCUCAACUAAAUACUGAACGACGAUAUUUGGAAGGUUUGGGCAGUAUUUUCAAUAAUCUUACCAUUUAUUUAGGAACAGUUAAUAUAAUUGCCUGUCUAUACGAUUAUCGCGAUUUUCAUUGUGCACUGAUGAUGACUACGUUCAAUGACACGGAUCAGUUUGCAUUUUAUUGUAAUGAAGCGCCCUAUACUCGCGGACUAGAAUUCGUCAAACUACUCGAUGGUCGACCAGUUAGUCACGCCAUACGAACCCAAAAACAAUUAUAUCUGAUCGCUGGCCAAAAUGUUUAUGCCGUUUAUUGUUAUACAGAUAUGUUUUAUGCUCUCUUUUGGCAACCAAUGUCUAAGUUCAUGGAUUUGGAUCAAUUGAUUACCUGUGCUAAUCCGGAUGAUAAUAUUAAUAAUACAAUUGAUCCGACAUCUGAUGCAACGGGUGUUCAACUCAUUCACAUUAUUUUGAUUGUCAUCUUAAGUGUGAUUAUUAUUGCCAUAAGUUUUAAUAUUGUUAUACUCAUUAUUCUUCGGUUAAAAGCAAACAAACCAUUAGAAAUAAAUUUAAAUGAAGACAAGUCUGUACACUAUAAAAUCGAUUCAAUCAAUUCAAUCAAUUCAGUCAAUAGUCAAGAUAUAACUAAUUAA